GGUUGGUGAGGCCCUUUCUUCCUUUCUUUUUUAUUUUGUUUUUGUUGAUGUGUUUGUGUUUUUUAUUUGUCUCUUUUUAUGGAAGCUUUGAAGGUUCAUCAAAAAGGUCCCUAAGAUGACCUGAAGCUGGUUUUUAAUUUGUCGACACCAAGUUUGAGGAGCAUUUGCAUGCGGUUGCGGAUAUUUUCUAUUGGUAAAUCGGACAUACACCUGUGGUUACCUAUCAAAAUGCAAAAUUUAUGCUAUUCAUAAUUGUUUCUAGAGGACAUCUCUCAGUAAUUUGAAUAUCAGUCUGGAAGGCAUCCAUACUUUUUUGUCAAGGAUCAUGCAUUCAAGAUGCAGUUGAACUGAAAUGAAGACCUUGCAGCAUUGCACAAUAUAUGUCACAACCGUUAGGCCUGAUUCAUUGCAUUUAAGUGGUUCAUGAAUAAAAUGGAUCAACCGCAGGGUACUACAGAAAUACAAUCCUCAUCACAAGUAUCACCCGACUCUCAAGCAGAUCAACAUAAUGCUACUGCAACUGAGGGCCCUGUAGUUGACUCAGGCUCAGUAUCUAUUUCAAGCAGUGACAAUAGGAAAGUUUCUCGGGAAGACAUCGAACUUGUCCAGAAUCUAAUAGAACGGUGUCUACAGUUAUAUAUGAAUAGGGCAGAGGUGGUAAAGACCCUCCUCACCAGAGCAAGAAUAGAGCCUGGGUUCACAACUCUAGUAUGGCAGAAACUGGAAGAAGAAAAUUCUGAUUUCUUCAGGGCCUACUAUAUAAGGCUGAAGCUGAAAAAGCAAAUCAUAUUAUUCAAUCAUUUGCUUGAGCAACAAUAUCGACUUAUGAAGUAUCCAGUACCACCAAAAGUUCCAUUGGCUCCUAUACAGAAUGGGAUACAUCCUAUGCCUGUUAACAACUUACCUAUGGGGUAUCCAGUUCUGCAACAGCCUCCAAUGCCUGCUACAGGCCAGCCUCAUCUUGAUCCAAUGGCUUGUGGCCUAUCCAGUUGUCAUGUUGUGAAUGGUGUACCUGCACCAGGCACUUACCAUCCGAUUCGGUUGAAUGCUGGAAAUGAUAACAUGAUGGAUGUUGGUGCUGGUGAGGUGGGGAGUGCUAUUCCUCAGGGGAGCACCAUGUCAUCAAUGUCAGAUAUGCCUGUGAGCCCUGCAUCUGUGACAUCAGGUGGCCAUUUUCCCUUCACCCCCGCUGAGAUUCCAGGCAUGGGGGUUGAGUCGUCAACCAUUGAGGUUCCAUUCACUUCUGAAGUGGCAACCUCCAACGGUUUGCAACUGGGCUCAGAUGGGGCUGCCGGAAAUGCAAGGGACUCUCUCAGAUCGCUUGCACAGAUCCCAUGGAAUUUUAGUCUCUCAGAUCUAACUGCAGAUUUGACAAACUUAUCAGAUCUUGGAGACUUGGGGAACUACCCUGGUUCACCAUUUCUGCCCUCGAGUUCUGAUAUUGUGCUCAAUUCUCCUGAGCAAGAUGAUAUAGAUGCAGAAUUUUUUGUGGACUCCAUUACGGGACCAUGUUCGCAAUCAGAUGAAGAGAAAUUCUAAGGUACCUGGUGCUGCCAUGGAGAGUCAGCGUAGGUUAGGCUCAGUAGUAAUUCAAUUUAUGAACAGUUGCAGAUUAAAUGUGAUAUAUUCUCAUUUAAGCAAUGUACUUAAUGGUCCCCAUCGAUUGCUAAAACAGCUGUAAAGUAAAACUGGCUGAAUUUUAUCUAUGGUUAAUUUAAUUGAGCUUUUUUUGGUCUUUC